AUGGAUGAUACAAUAUUGAUAGACGAUGAUUUGGUAUCAUCAUCGGAUAAUGAAUCAAGUUCAUUACUUAAUAGUAGUAACAAUCAUAAUAAUGAUUAUGAUGAUAGAAAGAAUGAAUUCAAUAUGGAUACACAGACUAUAUGGGAGAAGUUAUCAAACAAGUAUACACUUUACCAAAUCUAUUCAAUCUCAUUAUCAAUACUAUUCCUAAUUGUAGCCAUCAUCCUACCAUUUGUAAACAAGAAGAUAUUCUCUUCUUAUGAUUAUCCGGUCACUGGAUCCUUCCUCCAGACACUUGGCGCAUCAGUUCUAUUACUUAUACUCAAUGUUAUAAUGUACCUCAGUCACCGCAAUGACCUCGUACCAAAGAGCAACAUCUUUGAUCAAAACUUCUUAAUGAAGAGCCUGGUCAUGAUACCAGUUUCAGUUUGCUUUGCAAUCGUAAUAUCAUUGACAAACAUUGGACUAUCAAUGAUACCUGUCAACUAUCAUGUUGUAUUCAAGUCCACCAAUAUUGUUUGGAUUGUACUUUUCUCAUUCAUUGUUCAUAAGGAAAGACCAUCACCGAUCAUUCUUGUCAGCAUCGUUUUGCUGAUGGCUGGUACUAUUCUCACAUCAUUGGAAUUCUCCAAGAAGAAUCAGUCCACUUCAUUCUGGCCAAUCUUUAUCAAUAUCUUGGCCAUCUUCUUUGAGAGUGUCACACUGGUAGUCCUGAAGUGGACGUGCAAGUAUCUACAUCGCAAGGAUAGUACUAUUAGUGCUCUUGAAAUUACAUUCUAUAAGGUUGCAGAGGGAACGAUCGUCAUAUUGAUACCUCUGUUUGCCAUCGAGGGCGUACGAGGAUUCGGUGCGCUUAACAACUUGCCAGCAUCAUCGAUAUUAAUGUUGCUGGCAGGUGUAGUUGUUACCAUGGUUUAUCAAGGUUCCACAGUUGGUAUGAUCAAGACACUUUAUGUUACAACAGUUGGUGUAAUCAAUCAAGUAAUAAUUAUUCCACAGCUGUUCCUGUCGAUGGCCAUUUAUCAUAGCUUCUCAUACGAUGCACUACACAUAGUUGGUGUGGUAUUGUCAGUACUUGGAUGUGUUGUGUUUGCUGGCUAUCAAUUCUAUGCCGCCAACAACAAGAACAACAAGCCAGAUGCACUUGGCAAG